GGAGGAGGAGGGCUCUGUGUGUGUGUGUGUGCUGUCCCUCUAUAGUAGAUAGAGAGGUCGAUGGAUGGCGAGAUUGCAUGCCAUGUCACGUACGUACAGACUACAGUCUCACAGAAACCGGUAUGUAAAAGUGAAGACAAGUCAUGUCAGUCGUCUCUUGUGUCGCUUUGCACGAUGGGCACAUGAGCACUAGAGACACCACACAGGCACACACACACACACACAGAGAGAGAGAGAGAGAGAGACUCACACACUCACAGACACCUUACUGCCUGGUGGCUAUCACACAGAAAUGGCUCACACAAGAGUGCGUGUGGGUUUGGCCUUCGAUCCACGCUAUCCGGAUGGAUGGAGUGGAUGGAUCUGCCAGAGACCAUCGACACAGACAUGCAUUCAUUCAUUCAUUCAUUAUCUCGUCAUAUCGCCCUAUACUGUACGCCUUUGGGCACACACGGGUGUGGUGUGUGUAUUGUAUGUCAGCACACAAAAAUGGCCGUGCGUUGGGGGGCGGGGCAGGGCAGCGCAGCGCAGCCAAGGUAACAUAAAAUGGGAAGGAAAAACGACACGCACCACGACACAACACAACACACAGGCACACACAGAAAGACCGAAGGAAGAAAAUCCCUCUUCAUCAUAAUUCCCAACACACGGUGUGCGAUAUCUCUCUCCCUCUCUCUCCCUCCCUCCCUCACACAGCCACGUAAACCAGCCAGAUGAUCUCUCCAACCAACUAGUGCAGCAGGCAGCGAGUGAAUUAUGUGUAUGUCUAUGUGUGUAUGAAUUCAUAUCGGUCAGUGAGUGAGUGAGUCGUCUGUCUAGUCGGGGCCUUCACGUCUGUCGCUGCUGACCGUACGUAAUCGGUGGGUGACGCCCAGCUCAGCAGCCAUGGGCGACCUGAUGCUCGAUUUGAUGAACUGCUGGUCGUCCCCCACUAUCUGCCUGUAACUCAGCACGACGUCAUCAUUGCCGUCCAGCCGCCAAUCCACCUCCCCGUUGAUCUCUUUCUCAAACUUGUGCUGGUUGAACCUGCAGGCAGGCAACACCACACAGCACAGCACAGCCAGGGGGUUGGGUCCACGGAUCAAUCAGCGCGCGUGUGCGCCAUUCAUAUGCAUGAAUUCUCUUGCUAACCAGAAUAUGGCCCUUAUCAGGUGAUGGUCUUGCGACCAGCCGUAGACCUGCCGCAUCCACGCAGUCUUGAUGGCCGCCUGAAUGCAAUGCAGCCAGCCACAAAUCAAAUCAGGCCAAGUUAGCAAGGGAGGGCAACGGUGCCCCCACGCACCUCUGAGGCGCCCAGGCGAUCGGUAUUGAACAGUGCCGCCGUUUCGGAUAUCAUCAUGGGUUUGUUGAGCCUUUGCGUGACGUUGGCAUAGAAGGUGAGGACUGCGUCGCGGAACAUGCGUGUCUUGGGCAGGGUGUUGUAGCCCGGCGCGCACACUCCGUCCGGCUCCUCACACCCCCAGUAAUACACACUGGGGGGGGAGAUGGGAUGGAUCCGAUCGAUCCGCCCACACAUACCAUACACACGUCGGUUUGUGAGAUUUGGCGAAUCGUUGUCUCGGUCACGUGUGUGUGUGUGUGUGUGAGUCAAAGUCACCAGUCACCUCACCUCAUGCCGACCCAGUCGACCAGGUCUUGGUCUGGCAAGAAUUGCCAGAAUGCGUCAUCCACAAUGUCCCCAUCUUGGUCGAUGGAGGCAUUGUAGUAGGGACCCUCGGGCCAUGGAAAACCCCACCUGAAUGAAAUGAACCAAACAAACAGAGAUGGAUGAAUGGACAGCAAACCGGCCGUCCCGUCCCCCUCCUGACUUACUCUAGGUUAGGGGUCCACACCAUCGCCACGUGGCUCGUUCGGUUCUUCAUGAUUCGAGCGAACUCGUUGAACUUUGCAAUGUACAGAUCCGGUUGCUGGCCCCUGCAGGCACGACAAGGUAACAGGACGGCCACCUCAGCCUGUGCGUCCGCGGUCGAUUGAGCCGGUACUACCGACUCACUCACUCACCAUGGGUACCAGCUGCCGUUCAUUUCGUGGUUAUAGCGGAUGAAUAUGGGCACGGUGUCGUUCCACUUGUUCAGGAAAUCGGCCAGGUACUCGACGUGCUUGGCGGUGUAAUUGUUGAGCCCUGUGGCCCGCACCGCAGCAUGUCCCACACACACACACACACACACACGCAGAGCCGUUUGCAGAGGUUUGUGUCUGUGGGCUGGCUGGGCUGUGCGUACCGCCCAUGGUUUCCAGUGUCAGUGCCGCCAUGGCGCCAUUCUCCCGACACUCCUCGAGGAAGAGAUGGGCCUUCGCCCUCUCUGUCCAAUUGACCACGAUGUUGGGGAACGGAACAAACCGGAGGAAAGCUGCGUGCCUGAGAGUGAGCGAGUGCAGUGCACCACACAGCGGAUUUUGGAUACACACGUGUGUGUGUGUGUGUGUGUGUGCAGGGCCGGACGGGUGGCUCGCUCACUCAAUUCGUGUGUGGGCGUUGAAACUGGCCAGGCUCUCGUUUGCCUGCAAGGCGAGAGCCAACACACAAGCAACAGUGAGCAAGAGAGCAGGGGCCUGGACUGGCUUCUGCGUCGAAGAGGCUGACCGGGAGGAUGGCGCCCAGAAUGAUGCCGUUGCGGGAGCGGGAGGGUAGUGUGCCACCGUGGGGGGGUCCAAUCCGUCCCAUGGUCUGACUCCAGAAGCCCUCCAGAAACAAGGAGAAAAGGACAAGCAAGCUGAGGGGAUUCUGGCGUAGGGGCAUCCUCAUCAAGGCGUCGCAGCUGAGUCACAGCACCGCGUUGUCUUUAUUAUGUGUGCGCUUCGAUGGCAAUGCG